AUGGUCAAGGCCAAGAACUUGAUUAUACCCGUGUUGAUGCUCAUGAACAGUUUGAUUUUCAUAAAGCUCUGCGAGGCCAGUUUAAGUGCGGUUGCAAUAUUUUGUUUCUCCAGUGACUGGGCUCCAGAUAGCUUCACCCAGAAGUACGAGAGCAAGUUCCAUUCUGUCACCUUGAUAGCGUUUGCACAGUGGGAGUUUUCGUGGUUGGUAUGGACUCCAAUGAAAAAGCCCCAUAUUCCAGUGACCAACACGAUCACUGGGAUAGUUGCCAGCACCAGAAGCGUCAUGCGCCAGGAAUAG